AUGCAUCAAAAAGGUAUUGGUUUUUUAGCUCGUUUGGUACAUGCAAUUCCAGUAGUUCGACCUCAAGAUAUGGCAGAAUCAGGUGCAGGAAGAAUCCAUUUGUUAAAUGCGAAAACCAAUCCAACUCUGAUAUCUGGACUGGAUACACGAUUCUUAUCUCAAAUACGACCUCAGGAUACAAUUAUCUUACCAAGAAAUGCUGGUAAAUUACAAGUGGUUCGCGUACUAUCUGAUACAGAAUUAGAAGUCAAGAAAUGGAUGGAUACAGCUGAUCCUAGAUAUACAAGCAAACUUGUUUCCUUAUUGACCAAAUCUGAUGGUACCGCCUACAAAUGUGUUCCUCAUGUUGAACAAGAUUCUGUUUAUGAACGUGUAUAUGAUGAAUUGAACAAUGGUGAAUGUAUUACAAUUUUUCCUGAAGGUGGUAGUCAUGAUCGUGCUGAAAUGUUACCCUUCAAAGCUGGUGUUACAAUUAUGGCCUUAGGUGCUAUGGCUAAAUAUCCUGGAUUGAAUGUCAAAAUCGUCCCUUGUGGUUUGAAUUAUUUUCAUGCUCAUCGAUUCCGAAGUCGUGCUGUCAUCGAAUUUGGAAAUCCUAUCACUGUACCUGCAUCUUUAGUGGAAAAAUUCAAAAAAGGUGGUGCUGAAAAACGUGAUGCCUGUAGUAAUCUUCUGGAUACCAUUUUUUAUGCCCUGAAAAGUGUUACUGUCAAUGCUUCCAAUGAUCAAACACUGAUGAUGAUCCAAGCUGCUCGACGACUUUACAAACCAGCUGCCAAUCGAAAACUUCAUAUUGCACAAGUGGUGGAUCUUAAUCGACGAUUCGUAAUUGGUUAUAAUCUUUACAAAGACAAUCCAAAGGUCAUUGAACUUCAGCAAAAGGUGAUGGCGUACAAUCAGCUAUUAAAAUACCAUGGAUUACAGGAUCAUCAAGUACCUGAAAUCAACCUUCGUGAAUGGCGCACUUUCUUUUUACUAUUAUAUCGUCUAUUGGUAUUGAUUGUCUGGGGUUUACUAUCAUUUCCAGGUACGAGAAAAGCACGAGAGGCACUUGCAGGUUCAUCUGUGAAAAUCUCAGGUCGUGAUGUUUUGGCUACAUGGAAAUUCUUAGUAGGAUUAGUAUUGAUCCCAACACUAUAUGGACUAUACACGCUCAUCGUUUUGGGUCUAUGUUUACAAACUGAUUGGUCAUGGAAACUCAAACUGGGAUUACCUUUGGCGACUUGGAAUAUGUUACCUUUCAUCAGUUAUGCUAGCAUGCGAUUUGGAGAAAAUGGAAUGGAUGUUUACAAAUCUUUGCGUCCAUUAUAUUUAGCUUUGGCAGAUCCUGAUAGUACAGCCAACUUACGAUAUACUAGAGAGAAACUGUCACAAGACAUCACACAACUGAUCAACGAAUAUGGACCAAAACUCUUCAGCGACUUUGAUCCCAACAGCGGUAUAUAUGAAGGUGAUCCUUCGGAAAACAAACAACAGGUAUCGGAACUAGGUGAAGGUGGAAGGACAUUCUCUCAGAUAGCAAGUGAAUUUGUGAACAAUACAGCAAUGGAAUGGUUGGAUGAUAAGAACAUUUUCAAUUGGUCUCGGCAAGAAGAAUCGGAUUCAUCAGACGAAACACUUUAUUUUUUGGACAAACAUGGGACCAUCAGUGCAUCCACGAGUGAUGCAGAACCUUAUUAUCGUGCUGGCAGUUCCUUAGCAUUCACCAAAAAACGAAACGAAAGACGAAAACGACGACAAUCUGUUGAAUGA